AUGAGUAACACUCUGAAAAUUGAUGGUCACACCGAGGAAGUUAAGAAAUUGAGAAUGUUCCCGUUUACCUUAGUGGAAGAAGCUGAAGAAUGGUUUUAUUCUUUACCCGCGGGUAGUAUCACAACCUGGGAAGAAAUGGAAAAAGCAUUCCUGAAUGAGUACUUUCCAACAUCGGUAUUUCUGCAGAAGAGGUAUGAAAUCCUGAAUUUUAAGCAGAAGGACGGGGAAACUUUGGGAGACGCCUAUAAGAGAUUCAAGAGAGUCCUGGUAGCCUGCCCAACCCAUAAUAUGGAUGCAACUAAACAAAUGCAGAUGUUUGUGAACGGUCUUAAAAUAAAGACCAAACAAUUGAUUGAUACCGUGGUCGGUGGUUCCAUAAAUUUUUCAACAGCCACCGGUAUCAAAAAGAUCAUUGAAGUUAUUACUGCUAAUGAGCACAUGGAGUUGUAUGAUAGGUGUCAAAGCAAACCAGAAGGGGUGAUAGAUUUAAAGCUGGAAACUAAUAAAAUCCGUAUUGAAGACACUAUAGCUGUUGAAGUUGACAAGAAGCUGAAGGCAAUGAAUAUAGGCACCCAACCGGUGGCACAGAUCCAACCGGUCCCUACUGUAUGCUGUGAAAUUUGCAGUGGUCCUCACCAAACGUGUUAUUGUUUUGAAACUCCUCAACAGGUGGAGGAAAUCAAAUUUUUGAAGCAAAAUAAUCCUUAUUCCAACACGUGUAACCCGGGAUGGAAAAAUCAUCCCAACAUCUCAUGGAAAGAUAAAAAAGGAACCGCUCAUCAACAUGGUCAGUACCAAACUCAAUGUCAACAACAACAACAAUAG